GGUAUUAAAGAAAAGGAGAAAUAUUUUCAGUUAGUUGACAGAUUUAAAAUUCUAUUAUACUUGCAACCCAGGGGUGUUUUAUUUUAAACGUUAAGCCAAAGAUGAUCUGUGAAUGGUGAAGCGGUGAUCUACGGAUGGAUAAAUAUGAAAAAGCAUGCCUGGGAGAAAAUGCAUUUGAAGAACUGGAAAAGGACUUCCAAGAAGUAAUCAAUGAACUUGCGGGAGAUAAAAGCCUUGAGAAAUUCAAGGUGGAAUAUGAGAAGCUUCAUAGUGUUAUGAAAAAAUCCUAUGAAAAUGAAAAACGUCUGAUGGCAAAAUGCAGAGAACUGAAUGCAGAGAUUGUGGUCAAUUCCGCCAAGGUGGCCACUGCCCUAAAGCUAUCUCAAGAUGACCAGACAACAAUUGCAUCAUUAAAAAAGGAAAUAGAAAAGGCCUGGAAAAUGGUGGAUUCUGCCUAUGAUAAAGAGCAGAAGGCAAAGGAAACUAUCAUUUCGCUGAAAGACGAAAUAGUUAACCUGACUAAACUAGUAGACCAAGGAUCGGGAUUAUCACUGGGCCAGGAUCGCAAUGUCAGAGAUUUGUUGAAGUUAAAGGAAGAGAUUACGAAGGAAAGAGACCAGCUCUUUACAGAAGUUGUGAAGUUGCGAGAGACCCUGGCUCAAGCUACCGAACAACAGCAAGAAUCUGAGAAAUCAAGAGAUGAAGCAGAGCAAACCAUCUCUCAGUUCCAGCAGGAAAUUCAGAUGCGUCAAAAUGAGGCGUCCCGGGAAACUCGGAAGAAGGAGAAACUGGAGAAGGAGUUAAAAGAGGUUCAGUCAGACAUGGAUAACAAACAGGUUGAAAUAAAAACUCUACAGCAAUAUGUGCAGAAGAAUAAAGAGGAACUCUUAAAACUGGAACAACAGCUCAAAGAACAGAGGAUCCUAAAUGAAAGAGCUGCAAAAGAACUUGAACAGUUUCAAAUGAAAAAUGCCAAACUUCAGCAAGAGAAUGAGCAGCAAAGCCUGGCUUAUGAACAGAUAACACAGGAGAACCAGCAGAAGAUAAUGGAGCUGAAAUCCAAAGACGAGGAAGUGACUCAGAUGCACCAGGAUAUCACAAAACUUAACAAGAUGAGAGAAAUAAUCCAUAAAAGGUUGCACCUAGCAGAAGAACAGAAAGCAGAGGUUGACCAGCAGAGAGAGAUCUUAAAAAAUCAGAUAUCUGGACUAGAGAGAGAACUGGAGACUGCUAAGAAACAAGCAGAACUUGAUAAGAAAGCUAUGGAUGAACUUAUGCGAGACAGAGACUUGCUAAAUAAGAACAUGCUGAAAGCUGUUAGUGCUACUCAGAAGCAGUUGAAUUUAGUGAAGCUCCAUGAGCAAUCCAAAAGGAACCUGGAAGAAGAAAUCCAAAACUAUAAAGAAGAGGCCCUGAAACAGAGGAAGAUCAUAUAUCAGUUGGAAAAGGAAAGAGAUCGUUACAUCAAUGAAGCUAGUGAACUCACCCAAAAGGUCCUUCUCAACAUGGAAGACAUCAAAAUCCGGGAGAUGCAGAUCUUUGACUACAAGAAAAAGAUAGCUGAGUUGGAGACAAAAUUAAAACAGCAGCAGAACCUGUAUGAGGCUGUGCGGUCAGAUAGGAAUCUCUACAGUAAAAAUCUGAUUGAAGCUCAGGAUGAAUUAACAGAAAUGAAGAGGAAAUUAAAGAUUAUGACCCAUCAAGUAGACCAGCUGAAAGAAGAAAUCACAGCCAAAGAAUCAGCUCUUGUGAGAUUGCACUUGGAUCAUCAGCGAAUAGAGAAAGAGAAGGAGGCAUUAAAGGCAGAACUGGUGAAGAUGAAACAAGCAGCUCUGGAGACCAAACAUUUUAUUGAAAAACAAGAAUCAGAAGAGAGAAAACUCCUGAAAAUCAUUGCCGAGUCUGAUGCUGAAAGGCUGAGGCAAAAGAAGGAAUUAGAUCAGGUGAUCAGUGAGAGAGAUAUUCUUGGAUCCCAGCUUGUUCGACGCAAUGAUGAGUUGGCUCUGCUCUAUGAAAAAAUCAAGAUUCAGCAGUCCAUACUGAACAAAGGAGAGACCCAGUACAGACAAAGAGUGGAAGACAUCCGAAUUCUCAAACUUGAGAUAAAGAAACUUCGAAGGGAAAAGGGAAUUCUCUCCAAGAGCGUGGCAAAUGUGGAAGAGCUCAGGCAGGAGGUGUUUCACCUGCAACGAGAAUUCUUGAAGGAACGGACACGGUGCAGAGCCCUGGAGGAGGAGCUGGAAAGCCCCCUGAAUGUACACAGAUGGAGAAAACUGGAGGCCAGUGACCCAAGCACCUUUGAACUGAUCCAGAAGAUCCAUACUCUGCAGAAGCGUCUCAUCUGCAAGACUGAAGAGGUGGUAGAAAAAGAAUUACUCCUUCAGGACAAGGAGAAGCUGUAUGUGGAGCUGAAGCACAUCUUGGCUCGUCAGCCUGGCCCUGAAGCAGCAGAACAGCUGCAGCUGUACCGACAUACACUAAGGGAGAAGACCAAACAACUAAAAGUUUUGUCUUCAGAAUUGAAUAUGUAUGAGUCACAGAGCCAGGAGUAUAAGUAUGAAAUUGAAAGACUUGCCAAUGAACUACUGAAUGUGAAGAAGAAAUACCUCACCCAGAAACGCAAAGAACAACAACAAAAGGAGAAGGAGAGGCUGGGUCAGCUAGACAAUAACUAUUCAGUGAACAAGUCAGAAGGCUCACGGUAUACUGGAGGAGGCUUUCUCUUCAACAAGCCUACUACCAAGAUUUCGGCCUAACAUCAUCUCACGGGCCCAGUAAAUAAGUUAUCUAAAUUUUCUCUGGAGUGUUUGAGAGAAAUAUUCAUAAAGUCAUUUGAAUCAAGCAUUUCUUCUCUCAAAACAGCAUGAUUUGGAAAGAAGAAACGAUGGAAUUAGCAGAAUCAUAUGCAUUUAAGAGAGAUGCUGCUUUGUUAAUCCAUGUGGAGAUCAAGGUAUUGAAUUAUUUGUGUUUUUUAGACAGACUCAUUAAAUGAACAAGGAUUUCUCUGAUCGCCCCUUUGACAGUUGAAUAUACCAAAUCUGUGCACUGCAUAUGGAAAAAAACUUUGGAUUUUAAUUUCUUUACUGUUUGAAGGUGGAACAAUUUUAAGGUUUUCUCAUUUUUCACAGAAAAUGUUUUUGAAAUGCAUGGCAUCCACCACAACUUUCUAAAUAAAAAAAUAUAAUUACCUUUUGUUAACAA